UCUGCAGGGAGCUCUUUCACUUCUUUAUGCCCCCAGGGAUAACCCCCGGUUAGAGCCCGCCGAGCACCCUAGUCUUCCCGGAGAGGCGGAGCGCGAUGCGCGGCAGACACAGAGUGACUACACACCCGAGGCAGCCGCGCCUGCCGUGACGCCACUUCCGGGACGCUUGCUCGCGGGAGACUUGUGGGUAGCCGGCCGGGGUUUCCUGGCGACGACGAUGGCGGGGGAUGUGGGCGGUCGCAGCUGCACGGAUUCGGAGCUACUGCUGCACCCGGAGCUGUUGUCGCAGGAGUUCCUUCUCCUCACCCUGGAGCAGAAGAACAUAACUGUUGAAAAUGACAUGAGAGUGAACAAAGACAGUCUGACCGACCUUUAUGUUCAGCAUGCAAUACCGCUGCCUCAGAGAGAUCUGCCAAAGAGUAGGUGGGGGAAGAUGAUGGAAAAGAAGAGAGAACAACAUGAGAUAAAAAGUGAGGCAAAAAGGAGUAGCCCUGCAGAUGGGUUGCGGAAAAGACCCCUCAUUGUGUUUGACGGCAGUUCAACAAGUACAAGCAUAAAAGUGAAGAAGACAGAGAACGGGGAUAAUGACCGGCUCAGGCCCCCGCCCCAGGCGAGCGCUACCAGUAAUGCCUUUAGAAAAUUGUCAAAUUCCUCUUCAAGUGUUUCACCCCUAGUUUUGUCUUCCAAUUUGCCUACGAACAGUAAAAUGGGACACGCUAAUAAUGACACUAAACAGAACCAUGACUUAACGCAUAGGAAAAGUCCUUUGGGGCCUGUGAAGUCGCCGCCUUUGUCGCCUGUGGGAGCCACUCCCGUGAAGUUAAAGCGAGCUGCUCCCAAGGAGGAGGCGGAGGCCACGAUUAACCUGAAACCCCCAGAAGCCAAGAGGAAGAUACAGCAUGUGACAUGGCCGUGAAGUUAAGUUUCCAAAAAUGUAAAUAUAACUGUAACUGUAGUUUUUCAAGCAAGUUCACAUAUAUUGACAGUAUUUACAGAGAUCUUGAUUAUUGUGGAAUUUUCUUAAGAGGUUUAAAUUAGGUUCAAAAAAAUAAAAGUCCUUUUCUUUCCCUUUCUCCCUCCUUUCCUUCCUGUGGUGGGGAAAAUCUUGCCUUUCAUGCUCUGGUUAGGAAGGAAUUUCUUUUUAAACAAGUGAUGUAGUAAAGUCAUUUAUAUUGGCCCUAGUCACAUAAUUAGCUACAAGUCUGGUAUAAAACAUUUGAAUUUUAAGAAUUAUGCUCAUUUGUCUGUUUUGGUCUUUGGGGAAAUUUGAGGAGUUUUUUUAACUCAAAUACGUUAGAAAUUCAUGAUUUUUCUGUCUUUUCCCAAGCAAAAGACUGUAGCAGUUCAUCACAGUAUUUUAGUGAGUACUGCCAGACCCCUCUGCAGGGCUCCCCAUGGGGAGCACGUUUGCAGUGCUGCCGGUCACCUGCUCAGAAUGUUCAGGGGACACUGCGGUCCUUGACGCCCAUGUUGCCUCUCUUCAUAGAAAUCAAAAGGGAGCCCAGUGCUGGGCCCUGCUCCUCCUUCCCUUCAGUUGUGAGUUGAGUUUUGGAGAGUAGACUGCCCAGCCCUUGGAUGCUCCUGCCGCGUAGUCAUGGCAGCUCUGACCUCCCUCUCAGCCAGGAAUCACUCCCUCCUGGGAGCAUUGUCCUUUCCAAGUGAAGCUGACUGUAAGCUCCUGAGGGGAGUGAUCCUGCUGGAGGUGGUGUCUGACGGCAGGAGACUCGGGGGAUAGGAGGAGGGAGUAGAAGGCCAGAGCCUGGGGGUCCAGGACGCCUGGGAGACGUACAGUUGGCAGGAGAGGGGCCGCUGAGUCUGAGGGUCACUCAGAGCAGCGUGGGGGCAGUCGGGCUGCCGCUGAGGCACCAGAGGUUUCGUGGUGUGUGAAGUGGCGUCACUCCGGUCCGCUAACAGAAGUCAGCGGGGAGACACGCAAGCCUCGUGCUCAUGAGUUCCCAGGUCCGCAUUCUGCCGUGUUUCUGACCAAGGUCAAGGGCACUUCACAUUCUUCCCUCGUACGAGUGACCCUCAGAUUGGAGUUUUCCUUCCUAGAGCAGUUCAUCCCUUUGUUGAUUUGUUAAAACAAGCAUUUUAGCUCUUGAAUUGCCUUACAAAACAUUGAUUCAGCCUUGAAGAUAGGUACGAUACCCAAACUUUAACCCUACAUUUUUUAGCCUUUCUGCCUUUAUCCAAAGUAUAAAUCCGUACACAUAAGACAAAGCUGAUAGACACUAGUGCUGUGUCAGUUGUUAAUGUUACCGUAAAUUGUUAAACGUGCUUUGUUAUCUGCAGGGCUGACAUCUGGGUAUGUUACAGGACAACCAUAAUCCUAUACAUGCUGUGUGUUAAGGGAGAUUUUGAAAGUGCAGGUUUUGGGUAGAAUGGCAGAUUAUAUUUUAUGUUCUGCUGUCUCCUCUCCCAUUUGCAUCUCUCUCCUAGUUAAGAGAGUUAGCCGUUUGACAGUUUUACGUCAGUGGAAACUUGUUUUUACUCAAUAAAAAUAAUUUUUAAUUUGUAUAUUUAACUUACAGAGUAGGUUGGUAAUAACAGCUGAACUGUGUAACAUUGUUGCUUCAAAUUGAAGUUUAUAUUAUGAACAUUCAGCAUCAGUGCUCAUACAGCAGCAUAUUAUUGAGCCGUUUUGAGUUUGAAGAGUGGAGAAGCCUCGGCCAAGUACUGCGGGUCACAUUCCCCACAUCCGAGCAGAGUGGACACAGCUCCAUGGGCGAUGACAGCAGACCCAGGGGUCGCUUUCUGGGCUUGUCUCCAGGCCUUGACCUGAGCAGCACUCAUGCGGAUGACCCCUUGCUCCUUGACAUGGGCCCAUCUGGUGGCUUGGAUGAAGUGAGUGGAGGGUGGGUGGUCAAGUCAGGUGGCUCCUGGCGCAGGCACAUGUCUACUGCAGGCACGUGGGCUCCCAUGCCUCUCCCUCUUUGCUCCCUGUUUUCCUUUUUCUUAUUCUCCUCCCCCAUAGUUCUACUUUCCCUGCUCCUCCUCCUUCACCCUGCAGAUCCUGAACUCCAGGCUCACGUUUAUUUGCAAGUCGGAUUGCUUGGCCCACUGAUCACUGGGGCCAGAGCUAGGUGAGCCCCGUCCUCCUUGCGGACCACAGACGCUGGUGCAGGGGUCUGAGAGGGUCUGUCGCCCAGUGGCCGAGGAGGCGGGCAGUUCACCAGAAUCGCUUCGGGCAGCGACCAGGCACUUUGCAAAUACCACUACGAGGCCGUCAUAUCUCUGCUAGUAUUAAAAUUCUUCAGAAUUGUAAUUAUUAUUUGAAAUAGCUUUUUGGUUGACUUAAGUUUUGAAAGAUGAUUCUAAAACAGAUCUAGAGACUCAUUCGAUAGCAAUGACCUUCUGAAAACUUACGUUAAGUGGGACUGCCCGUAGGUGAAAUCAUAGGCCAGACGUCCUUCCCCUGUCGAUUGCUGUGGAGCUUGUCAUCCUUAGAGGCUCCAGAAUGGCCGUGGUGUUUUAAGUGUGCUCUUUUAUUAAAUGCUUGUUUUGUAAUUCGGUACGGAGAGUUUACAGAGAGUUUAACCUUGUAAUGUACAUUUUUGUAUGUCAGCAGUCUUUUAAGUAGCCUUAUCCUUAUUUAAAUAAAAGGAGUAAAAUUACUGAGUAGGUCUGUCAUUCAUAACAAAAAUAAAACGUGAAAACACGUA